CAGUCGGGUCUUUGACAGUUCAUUGUUUACAUCGAACACGUGCGUGAAUUUGUGAAAAUCUGACUCCUGGGGAUCCAUAUUAUCCAAAAAUCAUGGGAAAACGCAGUUAUGAUGGAGGGAAGAGCGCAUCUUCAAUAGCUCUGAAGAGGGCUAAAGAGAUGCGCAAGAGGGAGAAGAAGAAGGCACCCAAAGUGAAGGUCAAGGACAUUGGAGAGUCCUGUCUGUUGACUGUGAGCGCCAAGGAGAGGAAAUCCAUCGUUCUGCCUGACAUUCGCCACCUUCUGGCGAGUUCUCUGCUGGGAAACCAAUCUCCAGACGGUGUUCCUCGAUGGUGUCACCUCGAGAAAAUCGGGAAAAUCCCACAGACAGCUCUCGUGAUUCUGGAUGGAUUGACUCUCAAUCACUUUAUCACUCAUUUCGACUCUUUCGGUUGCUGCAAGGAGAUUUUCCUCACGAGACUGGACACAGUAAUGCCGCUGUAUCGCAAAGGGCAGACUCUUCAGGAGCUCACAGAGAUACCAAUCAAAGAGGUUCAACGAGAUGAGCUUGUAAAGAAACACGGAAGCCUCGAGAAAGCCCUGGAAGUGGAGAAUUUUCUAGUGGAGGAAGAGAGAAUCGAGAUAAAUCACAACAGAACGGUUGAGGACAAGUUUUCCCGGUUAAAACUGCUCUUGUCGCCUCUGCAGAUGAUCGACUCGAACUUCCCAAUUCCUCAAAUUCCCGGAACCUCAUCCGCGACCUGGAAUUACGUGUUCACGAAGGAUGUCUACGCGCCUGUAACGUCGCAGAGUCCAAUGUUCGCCAUGGAUUGCGAAAUGGUGAUGACUUCCUUCGGUUUCACCGAAGUCGUGAGGGUUUCAGUGGUUAACGAGGCUUGUGAGAGUAUUUAUGAGACAUUCGUGCGUCCGCAGCGUCCAGUGAUUGACUACAAGACACAGUUUUCGGGCGUUACUGCGCAAAUCAUCGAGAAUGCCACGAAAACAUUGAAAGACGUUCAGGAGGACCUGAAGAAUCUCCUGCCGGCGGACGCUAUUCUCGUGGGACACAGUUUGAAUGCUGAUCUGAAGGCUCUGCGCAUGAUCCAUCCCUAUGUGAUCGACACGAGCAUCAUCUACAACGUCAGGGAGGACAGGAAAAGCAGCAAAUUGCAGGAAUUGACCAAAAUGUUCCUGGACGAAACCAUUCAAAGCAAUCCUCUGGGCCACGACUCCAUUGAAGACAGCAUCGCGAGUAUGAAGCUGGUGAAGAAGAAGCUCUCCGGAGGCCUCCAGUUCGGUGAUCACUUGCUGGAGAAACUCCUGGACAAAGGCUAUGAUGUGGAUUCUUUGGGAGGACUCUCUGAAGCUGCCCAAGAGAAAACUAUCACGGGAAAUCUCCUCGGUCAUCUGAUGACUCAGAAACCAGAGGCAAGAAUCAAUAUCAUCGCCUCUCUAGGCACUUCUCAAGACUAUGAGAAGUUCUUCCCUCUGAGAUUGAGAGAAUCGGACAAAAUCUCCAUCAGCGUGAAGAAGAGCAACAAAUCAGCUGUGACGAAGACUUGUGCGUCUCUUCCAGAAGCCACGCUCAGCGUCACUCAUCUCGCCAUUGAGAGCGAGAAGCUGGCUGAAGAUCAGGCAAAAGCCACACUCGCGAAAGUUGACCAGUGGAUCCAUCAAAUCUGGAGCUCAGUUGCCGUUCAUGGACUCGUUGUGGUGAUCUUCACCGGAUCGAGAGAGUCCCGGAGUGGUUUGUCACUCGUGGAGUUUCGCAAGGUGGAUUUUGUAGAUAAGCAGGAAAUUAUAUCAAAAGUAGAAUAGAAAAGAUUUGAUAAAAUCAUGAAAUUUCUAUCUAAAAAUUGUGCUUUUAAU